CAAUUGCUAGCAGGAUGUAUGAAAUAGAUGACCCUGAUUUACAAAAAGAGAAAUGCUAUACCACGAUUGGGAAACUACCUCCCUUUGUUGAUCCCCGGCAGCCGCCCGUCAAAAAAUGUCCCUUUUCCUCCAUCUCUAAACACCCUUUCGUGCAUUCUACAUCUCUCAUCCUACCUAAGGAAAUUUAUGACUCGGUUUGGGAUUCCAUAUCCAGCCGAAUUCAAACUCCCCAAUAUGCUAAAGUGAUCAUGCCGUUGUCGGUUUUGGUGGAGCGUGAUUUUUUCAAUUGCUAUAUUAAAAUUGGCGAUAUCCUCUUGAUCUCCGAAGGCAGAAGCGGUGUGGAUAAUGUGUACACCCUCCACAAUGGAGUUCUCCGAUUAGAGUUGGAUAAGAAUUCGUUUGAGCGCGCCGGCCUCGACGGCAAACCAAUCCGUAGUGGGGGGAGAAAACACGUCAAAGAGAGAUACGCCGUGGAAAUCAACCUUAGACUCCCAUCAAUGCUUCAUGGGAAGAAGGGCUUCGAGCGGAUCGUUUGGGCUUUCAAGAACGUACUAACAACAUCUGUAACUUGGUUGUUCUGCGACUUAACCCCGUCACCAACUUACUCAGAGGAAGAUGCACCGAUAAAAAAACACUAUCCUCAGAUAUUGCAGUGCACCCCUGAAGUGAAUAUCCUCGGGUCGAUCACUGUUCCACCGUUAUUUUUAUCAGGUCUUGAAACUGGCACUGGACUAGAGUUCCUCCACGAAACUUGCGACGAGAUUCAAGAAUGGCUCGGACUGGUUUUUCUCAAUUCUCCACCUAUUUGCAUUUACAUUGUGAGUUCAUCCCAUGAUUUUGCCGUCUGUUCAUCCGGCGGUCGAUCGCAUUGCAAACCUGAAGUCUUGGUGAACUGCCCACAUCCCUCCGCCCCCACUUCCGAAUCCUUCAAUAGGCAAUUUAUCAUCAUGAAAACAUGUUUCUACUUCCAGAAAUCCGCUAAUGGUGACCAACAGGCGGAAAUUCACCUUUGGGCUUUCGAAGACUGA